UGUCAGUUACAGCCGCCAUUUUCUUGUCGUCGGAAAAGCUGGCGGAGUGAUCGACGACAAGGCAAACGGCUGACAAAUACCUUCAAAAAGCGGCGUUAUUUCCCCGAAUCAGGGCAGAACAGUUAGCUUCAUGAGUUCAUGGACUGCCUGCUAAUCAAUGGUUAUGGUAUUCACAAGGCUGGUGUAGGUUUCGCCGGGUCUCUGAGCUCAAAGAUGGACGACAAAGCGGCGAGAGAAGACGCCUGCAGAGAGUACCAGUCCUCGCUGGAAGACCUGACAUUCAACAGCAAGCCGCACAUCAACAUGCUGACCAUUCUGGCCGAGGAAAACCUCAACUUCGCCAAGGAUAUCGUCGCAAUUAUUGAAGCGCAAAUAAGCAAGGCCCCAUCUGCCGAGAAGCUUCCAGUUUUGUACUUAGUGGAUUCCAUAGUGAAGAAUGUGGGAGGAGAGUACCUUGCAGUGUUUGCUAAAAACCUAAUCACUUCAUUUAUAUGUGUCUUUGAAAAGGUGGAUGAAAACACUAGAAAGAGUCUGUUCAAGUUACGAUCGACGUGGGACGACGUGUUUCCUCUGAAGAAGCUGUACGCGCUGGACGCCCGCGUCAACUCGGUGGACCCGGCAUGGCCCAUCAAGCCGCUGCCGCCUACCGUCAACGCCAGCAUUCACGUCAACCCAAAGUUUUUAAAGCAGUCGGAGGAGGCGCCCUCUCCGCAGCCCGCCCCGGCCCAGCUGGCGCCGACGCCUCCGACUCCUCCGGCGCCGCAGCCGGUCCUCGCCGUCAGCCCGUCCAGCCUGAGCCAGGAACAGCUGAUCCGACAGCAACUGCUGGCCAAACAGAAGCAACUUCUGGAGCUUCAGCAGAAGAAGAUCGAGCUGGAGCUGGAGCAGACCAAAGCACAGCUGGCCGGUGGAUUUGUGAUACCGACUACAGUCUCGGCCGCUGCAGCAGCACUGAGUUCCGCGCCGAAGACCACCAGCCAAACUGCUCCGGCGGUGCGACCGUGGAUCCCUCCUCAGACUCAGCCGCCAGAUGCCAAACCUCCCACCAGAGACCCGCGUCUGAACCGCACCGGUCCACCGGCCUCCUCGCAGCCAAAAGAACAGCCUGCUGGGAAGAAAGACGGAAGUCACGCUCUGACUCCUGAGAAACCCGCCCGGCCGGAGAAGGUCAGGACCCCGAAGAAAGAGGCAUCGGAGGAGAAACCCAAAUCCAAGCCCGCGUCCCCGAUGGCCAAAAGCAUCCCGAGUAAAAACAAACCUACAGAGGCGGAGAAUCAGAAGUCGUCUGACGGCACGAAGAAAGAUCCUAGGCUGAAGAAACGCCCGCAGGACAAGACGGGCGACUCCAAAGACGAGGAGAUCAAGGAGAAGAAAAGAUGCACCGACAAGAAGGAGAGAGAGGAGGCUGCUUCGGCGCGCGGACUCGACCCUCACCGGCUCAACAAGGGGAAGCUGGUGAACGGCUCGGUGGUCAAACACGACCGCGAGGAGUCCGCGGAGAGGCUCGAGUUCAAGACGGGAGGCAACGCCCGCACACACGCCAGGAAACGCACCCGCUCGCGGUCCAGGUCUCGCUCCCCGUCCGCUGCCGCCUCCUCCCCGAAGAGAAAGGACAGGCGUUCGCCCAAAAGCCGAACGCGGAGCAGCUCUCUGUCCCCGUCGCCGUCUCACAAACCGGGCAAACCGCGGAGAGUCCGCGGCACAGACGAACCGGAACACGGCAAGCCCGGCCGAGAGGACCGGCUCGCGCCCAAGAAGAACCAAUCGGAGAGCCGGAGGUCGAAGAGGCCGGCUGAGGACCGGCGGUCCGAGUCCAGAGACUCUCAUUCCCCGCGGAGCCACGACGGAGGCGGCAAGGACGCCAAGGAGGCUCCGCACCGCUGGAGGAGCGGCUGGGAGGAGAACAAACAUCCGAAGCUGCCGGAGGAUUCUCACGUGAAGCCCCCGCCUCCGAGACACAAACCGUACGGCACCCCGACUCGCCCCACCACCCCCAGGACCCCGAAGCACCGCCUCAGCGUGGACGCCAACCUGCAGAUACCUGAAGUCCUCAACUCCGCCUCCAAGAAGGAUCUGCUCAGGAGGGCCAGCAAGCGCCUGGAGAGCGGCGAGAUUUCCCAGGAGGACUUCCUGAACAUGGCCCACCAGAUCAAACACUUCUUCCAGUAUCAGGAGGAGAAGCAGCGCUCCGACAGCUGGGACGACUCCAGCGACUAUUCCGCCAAGAAACUGCUAACGUCCCCGCCCCCCUCCGCGGUGCCGCGGCCGCACGACGGCAUGGACGCCGCACAGCUGUCGUACUACGAACACAAGUCCAAACUGAGGAAGACGCAGGUGAACCGAGCGCGCGCCGCAGGAGAGGAGUGGGACGGCGAGGAGAGUUCGGAGGAUGGCGAGGGAGAGGGGCAGGGCGAGAAGACGGGCGGGGGCGGCCGCAGUGCCGGACAACCGGCGACACAUAAAUACAGCCAGGCGGCACGGGACCGGCCAGGCGAAAGGAGGAGUAAGGAGCUCGAGGAGCCGCGGCCUCCGCUUGGCCCCAUGAUCGAGGAGUACAACCACGGCAAAGAGUUCCCCACGCUGAAAUCUCUCCCGGGCCUUCGCUUCAGGAGGAGAGCCGACCCCCGAGAGCCCAAGAGGUCAGAGGUCAGGUUCUGGAGCUGCGGGGUGUCAGGGUCUCGAUCAGUGACACUUCAGCAGGGCGAGAGAGAGUGGACCUCGCCGCUGACCGAGCGACAGCGCUUUGCCGAGCGCGAGGUGCAGAAGAGCGGCUACGACGCACCGCGGCGGUACGGCCCGCCCGCCGACGCCAGACACGCCGACCCACGGAGGCCGGAGGGACCGCCACCGCUCGCGGGCACCGUCGUCCACGUGAACUCUCCGAGCCCGGCCGGUCUGGACGCAACGGCGCCCAGGAUCGAGCGUGAACGCCUGUCGCCCUUACACCAGAAAGACUUAGCGGAGGUAAGCCCGCGGUUCGAGAGCCCUAACAGCGAGCACUCGGACGACGGGCCACUCAAUCUGGAUUCUCACGUUCCCCCUCCUCACCCUCUACCGCCGCCUAAAUCCAUCCUCAAGGCGCCGCCCCGUGCGGGACCGCUGUCCUCCGUCCGACAGCACAGUGACUCACCGGGACACACGCCUCCGCACGACGGCGGGCACCCCCCGCCCCGGUACGACGGCCCAGGACACAUGGGCCCCUCUAGACCAAACCCACCGGGCUGGUAUGAAAGCGGCGGUCCUCCCGGCCGCUACGAUGACUCCUCACCUCGCUUCGAAGGGCCGCACCACCAGGGUCCCGGCAGGUUCAACAACAACGGCGGUGGCGUCGGCCCUCCUCAUCACAACAUGCCGGAGAGGUUCGACGGCCCCCACAUGUCUCACGGGCCAAUGGGACGCUUCGAUGGCCCGCCUCACCCUCAGGGCCCGGUGAGGUUUGACGGUCCCAUCGGUCAGCAGCAGCCCCCCGUGAGAUUUGAGGGGCCGGGACACUUUGAUGGCCCCAUGCAGCGCUUUGAGGGCCCGCGGCGCUUUGAUAACAACAUGGCACCGGGCCCUGGCUCUGGACCAAUGGGCUUCCAGCAGCAACAGCGGCCCAUGCGCUUCGACGGCCCUCCAAACCAGAUGGGCCCGAUGCGGUUUGAAGGUCCCGGCCCGAUGCGGUUUGAGUCUCCUGGGCAGCAGGGGGGCCCCAGGUUUGACCUCCCUAACGUGCACCAUCAGGGCGGGCCCCCGCUGUACGAGCAGGGCCCUAUGAGGUUCCCGCCUCAACACAACCUGCAGCCGCCCAUGAGGCCGAUGGCCCCGCCCAUGUACGAAAACCCCCUCCCCCCGCAGCAGAACUUCAACAUGGCCCCCCAGUGCUUCCCGGAGCCGAUGAACACGCAGUUCCCUGCGGGGCCGAUGGCGUUCCCAGCUCAGCCGAACAUGCAGCCGGGAGGAAACUUCAACAUGCAGCCGGCGCCGCCCUUCAGCCAGCCGGGCCCCGCCCCCUUCUACAACCCCGCUGCCCCCGCUGUCAGCAUGCAGCAGCCGGUGAACAUGUUGGGGAACCUCAACCAGCCGUUCCUGCCUCAGAACCCAGUGCCUUUCGGACAGCAGACUCUGCAGGUCGCUCCUCCGGAGAACCACUUCGGUCAGGUUGACGUCAACGACCUUCUGUCCAAACUCAUCUCCAAUGGCAUCAUCAAACCCUCGCAGCCCGACGUCGUGCCGACCGCCACCACCGAACCGACGUCCACGCCUACGCCAGCGCCGCCUCUGGUGGAGGAGGAGGAAGAGGAGGCAGAGGUCGAGGAGGAAGACGAUUUCCCCGACUUAACAAGCUUCAGCGUUGACGACAUGAAACAGCGUUACGAGAGCGUGGUGACCCGACUGUACUCGGGGAACCAGUGCUGCCUGUGCAGCAUGAGGUUCACCGCCACCCAGACAGACAUGUACGCCGACCACCUGGACUGGCACUUCAGACAGAACCACGCCGGCAAAGUCGCCAGCAAGAAGAUCACACAUCGCCGCUGGUACUACGGACUCACGGACUGGAUAGAGUUUGAGGAGAUCGCCGACCUGGAGGAGCGAGCCAAGAGUCACUUCUUCGAGAAGGAGAACGAGGAGGAGGUUCAGAAGAGCCAGGCGGCCGCCAAGGAGAAGGAGUUCCAGAGCGUGAAGGCCACCAAGGACCAAGUGGGAGAGUUGUGUGAGAUCUGCCAGGAGGCGUUUGAGACGUACUGGGUGGAGGAGGAGGAGGACUGGUUCCUGAAGAACGCCCUCAGGGUCGACGACAAGAACUUCCAUCCCGCCUGUUUUGAAGAUUAUAAAAAUACGUACCUGGACGCCACGCCGUCGCCCAACAAGACGCUGACGGACCACCCGCUGGGCGCCUUCGUGAAGAGCGAGGAACAGGAAGAGGAAGACGCCACUUCCUCCUGUGCUGUCGCCGCCGCCGCUGCCAUCGCCGCCAUCGCCGCCGCCACUGGCGCCGCCACUGGCGCCGCCUCGGUCAAACAGGAAGUAGACUCUGAGACGGCGAGCGAGCUUCCCGAUGUGAAAACAGAAGAGACGGAGGUUUUAACGGACCGAGUCCAAUGUGACGAGAACACACAGUGACGCGUUGCAGCGUCACGAGGACUAGACGCACACACACACACACACACACACACACACACACUCACAGACACACACAGAGA